AUGGCGCUGAAGGGACGACCAGCAAAGCGACUGAAAUUGCUAGACGAAGCUAGUGAUGCUUCAGACGAGUCAGCAGACGAAGGUGUACAAUUAGGCCAGAAUAAUGGUCCUGCGAAUGAAUUCAAGAUUAAUGAGAAUUAUGCCAAACGCUUCGAGCAUAACAAGAAGCGCGAGGAGAAGCAUCGGUUGGAGGAGAAGUAUGGCGACGGGAGUGGAAAACGAGGCUUAGAAGAAGAAGAAGAUGACGAAGAGGACUCGGAAGACGAGACGGAGGACGACGAUGCUGAACUUGCUGAUGUGGAGCUGGAUGCCGAGAUCUUCGAUACGCUACGAGCACUGAAGAGUAAGGAUCCGCGGAUAUACGAUUCGACUGCCACAUUCUACCGAGACUUUGAGGCCGAAGACGGCGCGGAGCAGCAGAAGGAGAAGAAGGAGAAGCCGAUGUACCUGCAGGAUUACCACCGUGAGAAUCUAAUGAGUGGGUUUGCAGGUGGCGAGGAUGGCGAGGUAGACGAUAGGCAGCCUGUGCAGACAUAUCAACAAGAGCAGGAUGCUGUGAGAGCAGCACUUGUGGGGAGCAUGCACGCUUCUGCUCAGCAGGACGACAGCGACGAUAAGGACGAUGAUGAUGACGAGGAGCUGUUCCAGGCCAAGAAAAAGUCAAACCAUGAGUCCAUACCCACUACCAAGACGACCUCAAAGCCCAUAACAGAAAACGACAUCACAUCCGCCGACCAGGACCCUGAAACUUAUCUUUCAAACUUCAUGUCCGCACGUGCCUGGCUGGCAAAUGGCGAAUCGAAAUACAUACCACUGGAUGAAGAUGAUAGCGAGGAUGAGCAGAGGGCAGAUAAGUUCGAGAACGCCUUCAACCUGCGGUUCGAGGACCCAGCACAUGCGAACGAGACUUUGAUGUCUUUCCGUCGAGACAUCGGCGGAGAUAAGGGAGUGCGGAGAGAGGAGCUAAGUGGGCGUCAACGAGCGCGAGAGAGGGAGAAGGAGCGGAAAGCAGCUGAGAAGCGAGAAAGGGAGGAGGAGCGAGCACGACUCAAGAAGUUGAAGGUCGAGGAGGUUGAGGAGAAAGUUGCUCGGAUCCGGGAAGCUGCUGGCCUGCGAGGGAAGGAUGUUGAUUUGAGGGAGUGGCGGGGGAUGAUCGAAGGCGAUUUUGCGGAGGAUGAGUGGGAGGCGGAGAUGGGGAGAAGGUUUGGGGAGGAGUAUUAUGAUGCUGCCGAGACUGGGGAGGGAAGCGAUGAUGAGGACGAGGGAGCGGAGAAGUCAAAGCACAAGAAGGUGAAGGCGAAGAAGCCGAAGUGGGAGGAUGAGAUUGAUAUCAACGAUUUGGUACCGGACUUUGUGGACGAGGAUGAUAGGGCUGAGUUCUCGUUGUCUGAGGAGGAGGAUGAUGUGGGUAGCGGUGCGGCUUUACCUGAUGGCGAUCGAGGUGUGGGGAUGCGAGACGACGAGGACGAUGACGGGGAUGGCGGUGAACAGGGUACUGCGACGACCAAACGCAAGACCAAAAAAGACCGCCAGCAAGAAAAGCAAGACGCGAAGCGCAUCGCGCGAAAACAACGCCAAGCCAUCGAGUCCCUCGUCGACGCCGCCCUCCCUAUCUCUAACCCCAACCUCGCCACCAAGAAAGUCAAGUCAACCUCAAGCGGUCCUGCGGGUUUCAGAUACAGAGACACAUCCCCGACCUCCUUCGGCCUUUCAGCAAGGGAUAUCUUGUUCGCGGAAGAUGCACAACUCAAUCAAUUCGUCGGAUUAAAGAAAAUGCAUGCGUUCAGGGAUGAAGAGAAGAAGAGGAAGGAUAAGAAGAGGUUCAGUAAAAAGGGAAGGGUGAAGAUGUGGAGGAGGGAGUGUUUUGGUGAUGAGAAGGAGGGUGGGGGAAAGGAGUUUGGGGUGGAGGAUGGGGAGGAAGUGGGUGGCAGGGGUGAUGUUGGGGGGACAUUGGGUCGAAGGGAGGACGCUGAGGGGAAUGUUAAGGAGGGGGAGAGGAGGAAGAAGAGGAAGAGGAGUGGUAAGGGGAAGAAGGAGGGGAAUGUGUAG